CACGGCUCAUGAUAGUGUUAUAUAUCAGAAAUUAACACUCUAUUACUUAGAAGCUUAAAUUCCUGUUCCUGGUACAUCGUCAGCAAGUGAUCACGUCUUGCAUUGGAAGAUAUUACUGACAGAACAUAUAGUGUAAUAUUAUCGUGUAUAUACAGCCAGUUGUCUUCAUUGCCUUAUAAGAGGGAAGACAGAUAUUUAUGUUAACAGGGAAUGUUAUUGAAUUUCAUGCUAAUUGGUGAUACAACGAUGAAGUCAGUGUACACGUCUCCAGUUAUAGAAUCCCGUACACAAAGUCCUCCAUGGUCACCAUUUGCUCAGCACUUCACCAAGCCACCCAGCGCAUACGCAGACCCAGCUGCCUUAAGACUUCUGGUGGCACCACUUCCGGCCCAUUUGCAAGUUCCCUCCUUUGUACCCGUCAUGCCAUUUGCAGCUCACCAACAACCCAAUACCACCAUGUUUCCAUGGGCUUACAGAUUUCCACGGAUGCCCGGAUGCUGCGAAAAUUCGUCUCUGUGGCAACCCUUUAAAGAAGAGUCGAAGAAUUGUGCUGGAGAAGCGGAGAGUCUCAAAACACGACCGGAAUCUGGUAGUUUGGUUACCUUAGAGAAACGAGCAUUUAGAGAAAGCACUGUUAGAGUUAAACAAAAGAAGCGCUUUAACUUCGCUCGUUUGGCUGAAGCUGUCAUCAACGAUCAACUGGAAAACCCCAAAAAGUCCACCGGAAGUAUUACAGAGGGCGCCACAAUAAUCAGUCACGUUUUUCCGCUUGGAUCUGUUGAUUUACGGUUUGAUCCCACCCGAAGUGGUUUCCAACCAGUCUCAAGAGUUGCUAGUCACGUCGAUCGACGACCCAUGGAAACUACAAAACGGCGGGGAAGGACAGCCAGCAGGACGAAGAAACAAUACAUCUGUCGGUUUUGUGGUCGUCAUUUUACGAAGUCUUACAACCUGCUGAUUCACGAGAGGACGCACACAGACGAGAGGCCGUACUCCUGUGAGAUUUGUGGGAAAGCCUUCAGGAGACAGGAUCACCUGAGAGAUCACAGAUACAUCCAUUCCAAAGAGAAAACCGUUCAAAUGUGGCGUGUGCGGAAAGGGAUUUUGUCAAGCUAGAACGUUAACAGUUCACAAAGCACAACAUACAAACAACCAGACUUCAAGUCCAGUCAGCGUAAGAACCACAAGAAAACUAUCCCAAGUCAAAGUCGAACCCGUCGACGCCAGCGAGCAGAGUCCCGAAAUUAUGGAAUCGUGAGGAACAAUUGAUAAGUGCUGAUGAUACAAUUUGUGCUCGGAUAGGGUAGUUGCGCAUGCUCGAAAACCAUGCCAGUCUCGUUUCCGGUCGACACUCUACAGGGCAUCAUGCGCAUGACGGAAAAGGCUCAUCUUCCAUUUUCCUUCAGAUUCUGAAUUUCAAAGGGAGGAACGACACUUGACGGAGGCGCUAAGCGAAAAUGGGGAAUGCUUUUCAAGCGCAAAAAAAUGUUAUGCCUGUGAACACUCGGAGACUCUUGGACAGUUUGGCAGUUGGCAAUAAUAGCUUUUGUCAACGUCAAAAACAAUUCUUGCGAAGGCAAGUUUCACUGUGAGAUUGUGAACACCUUUUCAAGCGAGGGCAGUGGGGAAAGUUUUAAAACAUUACAUGUAUGUGUUACAAUCCUAUACAUGUGUCCCCUGUCUUCAUGUCUGAAAUUAAAGGAUAAAAUACAUAU